AGAUCCAAUUCUUGUUUUGCUCUUGAAACAAAGGUGCAACUUGCCAACGGCAAAUUGGUUGAAAUGGUAGAACUCCAAAUCAGUGACCUAGUUUCAAGUGAUGUCAAAAAUAAUUGGUUCGAUAUGGUAAAAAUUAAAUUCACAAAUCCUGAUAGAAGUAAAGGUUAUGUUCGCAUGACACCUUCACAUUGCGUCUUCAGUAGUGAUUUGUCACUACUAUAUGCUCUAGAUGUAGUACUAGGUGAAACAAAAAUUUUAGUCACAACUUUUAAUGGACUUGGUAUUCGCACCAAUUCUACUCAUUGUCAAAACGAACUUCACCCAUAUGUGCAAUAUUUGGAGACUACUAACAUCAUUUGGUGCAAAGCAUUAGAAGGAAUUAAAAUUAUUGAACAGAAGGACGAUAAAUAG